AUUGUGUUUCAAUUGAAUUUAGCGCACAGAUCAGAUUUAGCUAGCCGUUCGAUAUUAAAAUUAUUUGUUUGAAUAAAUUUGGAUGAGCAAGUGAAAGAUGGACACGGCGGCGUGUACUUAUAUGCUCGAUGUCAUUGUCACCUAUUUAAAGACAACAGAAAUCGAGAUCGAAGAUCCCAAGAAGUUGCAAGUUGAUGUUUGCUUUGAUAACAAACCGCUGCAGAUAACAUCCAGUCGGAUUAAUGUGAAGGACUUCAAGGGCGAGUCAUCCUUUGAGUUUAGCAGCAAUGCAGAAAUCUUGCGGCAGAAUGUAGCAGCGUAUGGCAUGCCAGUGAUCGUCAAAUACAAUGACAAGGUUAUCGGGCUGGGAAACAUCGGAUUUCCUCCCGUGUUCAUUGAUCGCAUAGAUGCGAACAUGAACGAUAUAUUGUGUGCCAGCAGUUGCAGGUUUCAGCUGGCGGGCAAAGUUGCCGGCACUCUUGAGGUACUCUGUCGCCUCUACAUGAAGUGUACGGAUACAUCAAGGCCGCGCGAAUCGGACUGUGGCCAAACUGCAAAGAAUAGCAUUCACCCGCAGGAUAUUAUGUUCCUUAUGGGAGAUGUGCUCCACUGCCCCAAGGCCAGCGAUAUUUGCCCAGAUAUACUGCCGCCAGAUGACAACAAACUACGAUUCGAAUUGGAGUCAUACCAAAGUGCUGGGCCAAAAGCUGAUCCCCUUCGACCCUUGGAACCUUUGCCGAAUAAGCCCGUAACUAGUGGCGCCACUUGUGGCAUAAAGACCUUGGGCCGCCGACCUGAGCGAUUUACCGACAUAGUCGCAAGGGGAGGAAACGAAUUUCAUCCAUUCAAGCUGUCUGCCCGCAAAUCCAUUGGACGAAGCAGCAAUGCAGUUAGCUUUCUGUCGGACAGUCGUAGCACCCCAAAUAUUCACUACUCUGUAAACGAUCCAGUCAGCGAGGUGAUCAACAAUGAUUUGUAUGGCCCGCGGCUAGUCCCAGUGGAAGCGGAAGUGGAUGUGGAAGAUUUGCAAAAUGCAGACAUUAAGGGCACACGCUUCUGCCCCAUCUGCCUGACCAACAUGUCGUGGCUGCCCAAGUUUGCGGCCUGCGUGAAGUGCGGUGCUAAGCCUGUGCCAGUUAUUGAGGAGCGCCACAAGGAGAAGACGCCAACGGCUGACGAAAUCUUAAAGGAUUUACUGGGCAAGCCGCCAGAAACUAUUGAAGACUACUGCAGUAAGCCACCCGCCACAGUUGUGGUUGAGGAAAAAGAUCUAAGGCCCGCAUGUCGGUGCACUUGCCAGAACGGGAGAACCUGUGCCCACUGCCGAAUACGUAAGCUCUGCGCCGAUAUUUUCCAUGAGGAUGAGAAGCCCGUUGCUUGCCUCGACGCGAAAGAGCACACGAUCGAGGACAUUUGCAUGGAAAAUAAGACGACAGAGAAGUGCGGCCCACAUCUGACGCGGGUGUUCUCCGAGCUCCGCGAUCUAUACGACAUCAAUGCAACUAAGCUCUCGGAAGAGCUUAAAGAGCUUAAAUGCGAUCCAGUGGCAUGCAAACCAAAGGACAACAACUUGAAUGCGAGUGCCAAGCCCAAAUUGAAAACUAAACCAUUGGUGAAGCUCGAGAAAACCUUAUCAACAACUGUCCUGCCAAAGCGAUUGCCCAUCAAAAUCGGCCACAAGUUCUGCGCUCAGCUGCCCGGCAACGUGCCGCCAAAUCACGGAUGGGCCUGGACCAAGAGCGACGAGACCCGCAAGUACGGCUGGCAGCCAGGCUUCGUGCGCAAGUCCAUCAAACGGAUUAUGAAAUUCUUUUUGCAAUACCUGCCCGAGCGCAAUGCAUUCAACAGGUGCCUGAGCAUGGCAAAGAAACAGAACGAGAAUGAACACAACUUGCCCACUCUCCGCAUAUACAAGAAGAGUGGCGAAAUCUUCAUAACGCUGCGCGCUGCCAGCAACGCGGAAGCUGAAGUAAAACCGAUUGUGUUCAAGAUUGUUAAGAGCGACCUAGCCGCCGCUCUAAGCGACAUCAAGAAGAAGCUUAAGGCCAAGGGCUACCGGAAGUGCACCUGUCACAAUACGCUGAUGAUGUGCGUCUGUCGCAGCGUCUGCGAGAAAAAGAAACUCGAGGGAGCUCUGCAAAAGGAGUGCACACGUCGCGGCAUAGAAAGCUGUGCGAACCAUCUCGUGCUAACAGACACCAGCGACAGCGAAAUGGAGUUUGACAUUAAUGUGACGGCGCCGACUCCAGAGGCGAAUCUGAAACCCCCGACCGUUAAUAAUGCCACCCAGGUGAAGAAUGUUAGUCUAUGCAUCCCACCCAGAUAUCCCCUCAAGCAAAAUCCCUACCGGCGUGUCUAUGACUGUGCUACCAGUGGCCGAUACACGGGCACAGUCUUCGGCAGACCGGCAGCGGUAGUGCUUGAGGACGGGGUCUUUGGGCAAAUGGGUGGCGGUCUGUACAAAGGGAAUACUACUCCGGGGAGCACCAGCAGUGGCUCGCUCCAAUGUGAUUAUAAAACUCAUGAGUAUAUGGGGCGUGCUCAACCCCCUGAACACAAGCUGAUCAAAAGUAUGUUUGUCCCAAGCUUUAAGGGUCGUCUUCUCAACGACGGACGCCUUACUGGCGGGAUGGCUGUUCAGCUUAUACCUGGAUUAAACAAGCAGCCGGCUAACGGGCAAUGCGAUUCCAAGUGCAUGCCAAAAGCAAUGCCCAAGCGGCUGGCGAUGAAAACCAAAAAUAACGUCAACUCCCAGACUGCAGAUAAGGAAAACGAAAUAGCAAAGAGAAAACUGAAUAGGGACAUGCAUUAUUUGAAGAAAAGCGGCUCAUUUACUAAGCCAAAGCCUCUACUCAGCCAUGAUGGCCUGACCGACUUACAGAAGAGACAACGCGCUUUCUUGCAAAUUUCCUCACCGCCCAUCGAGCUGGCCAAUCGCAAGGACAACGAGUGCCAGAAUACGCGUACCACCAAAUGUUUAUGUACUCGUUUUAACAAUUUCUAAGCAUAAAUUAUUGUAUGAGUAAAUGCAAUGUAUAUGUUAUAAAAUGU